CCAACGUCAUUCGAUUUAGGGGCAGCUUCAGUCAUUUCAUUUUUAUUUUAUUUUAUCGCCUACUCAUUCUGGACGAAGUCAAUCAUAUAAAAAACCAAUGUACAAUGGAAUUAUAGUAUAAAACGAGCAAAUCUGAUUCACCCAGUCACUCGCUACAUAUAAGUAUCGGACAACAUGUCUCGCGCCUCAAAACUCACAUUGGCGGGCACUUCGCUUUUCGCCGUCGGUACGGUCAUCAUGGUGCAUUUCCAACAGCAAAUGGAGAAAGAGGCUAUGCAUCAAGGUGUUGUGCGGGAUAUGGAACAACAACGUAUUAAGAGGGAACGUCAACUAGAUUUUGAUAUGCAAAAGGCAUUGGAAGAAGAGUAUAAGAAGGGUCAAACCGUUCGAGACAGCACAGCAGAAAUGGAAACCAAGCAAUUACCGGAUCGGUAGCCUCGACUACGACUGCCUACCUAGGUAUUCAUACACUUAGCUUGGUCACUCCAGGUGCCAUAUUCGCCAAAUCGAUAUUAGACGCCUAUCUUAAAUCUGAAGCGCGUCAUUUGGAAGGAUGAUGGAAUUAUUCCCAGCGAUCGAGCCCAAGUAGUUCGACAUAACGUAACAAGUUACGACUCCUCUCAUAACCAAACGUCGUAGGCAGGAUUCGCUUCACUCUGUAAAACAUUAUAUUACACAGCCCGUCCAUAACAUCAACAUUGUAUCAUUGUAGCUAAAAUU